CACAGGUGGACCGGGAAGGCGGAGCUUGUGCAAGCAGGGAGGCGGGACUGAAAGUUCCCUAACCCCAGGAGUGGAAGAAGCAGGAGGUCUCAGCAUGAAACAGCAGCACUGGUUUGGGAUGACUGCCAAGAUGGGCACCGUGUUAUCGGGGGUCUUUACUAUCGUGGCCACUGACAUGUACCUCAUCUUCGAACAGAAGUACAUAAAGAGUGAAGAUUGCAUUGAACAUCAGGCACAGAUCAACAGUGCAGGCUACCUGGUAGAGCACUUCUUUAUCUGCUGGACCUCCAAUGUUGUCUUCUUCCUGUCUUUCAUGACCAUUAUCAUCAGCUGCUUCCUCCUAUACUCGGUCUAUGCCCAAAUAUACCGGGGCUUAGUGACCUAUAUAAUCUGGAUUAUUUUCUAUGAAACUGUAAACAUUGUAGUUCAAAUCUUUACCAACAAUGUCUCCGUCAUUGAAGAGGUCAGGGUCGUGCGCUGGUUUGGCUUGCUGUCCCGUAUAUUCAUGCACUGUUUCUGGAUAUUCUAUGUCAUCUCCUAUGCCCACAUCAUCUAUAAAGGUCAAAGCCAGGGCAACAUAAUCUCCUACAACAGACGUAUUUCUUCAGGCAAUGGAGAGUUCCUACGACGGAAAUCAAAGAUCAUCGACUUUACCCACCACUAUAGUGGAUAAUGUUUGCUCUUGUCUCUCCCCGACCCUUCCCCCCGCCGCAGGCAGGAAUCCCAGGUUCUGAGGGUAGUUCUAGCUCCCUCUCUUUCACUUUUGCUGAUCUGUUCUGCUCCUACUGCCACCUUUUGGUGGGGAACGUGGAGAGAAAUGUCAUUAUAAUCAGAAAUGGGACCACCGGCUCAUUGAGGGUGUU